CGCGCUCUCACGGCCUCCCCCGGGCCAUGCCUCCGCUCUGGGCGCUGCUCUCCCUCGGCUGCCUGCGGUUUGGCUCGGCUGUGAACCUCCAGCCCCAACUGGCCAGUGUGACCUUUGCCACUAACAACCCCACACUCACCACCGUGGCCUUGGAAAAGCCUCUCUGCAUGUUUGACAGCUCAGAGCCUCUCAAUGGCAUGUAUGAGAUCUACCUAUAUGUCCUGGUCGAUUCAGCCAGCUCCAGGAAUGCGUCAGUACAGGACAGCACCAAGACCCCACUGAACUCGACAUUUCAACAAACGGAGGGCGGGCGGACAGGCCCCUACAAAGCUGCGGCCUUUGACCUCACCCCCUGCAAUGACUUGCCCAGCCUGGAUGCUGUUGGGGAUGUGUCCCAGGCCUCGCAGAUCCUGAAUGCAUACCUGGUCAGGGUGGGCACCAACUCCACCUGCCUGUGGGACCCCAACUUCCAGGGCCUUUGCAACCCACCCCUGUUGGGGGCCACGGAGUACAGGUUCAAGUACGUCCUCGUCAGUAUGUCCACAGGCUUGGUACAGGACCAGACCCUGUGGUCGGACCCCAUCCGCACCAAGUGGCUCACCCCAUACUCGACGAUCGACACGUGGCCAGGCCGGCGGAGUGGAGGCAUGAUUGUCAUCACCUCCAUCCUGGGCUCCCUGCCCUUCUUCCUGCUUGUGGGCUUUGCUGGUGCCAUUAUCCUCAGCUUUGUGGACAUGGGGAGUUCUGAUGGGGAAACAACGCACGACUCCCAGAUCACUCAGGAGGCUGUCCCUAAGUCGCUGGGGACCUCAGAGCCUUCCUACACGUCUGUGAACCGGGGACUGCCCCUGGACAGGGCUGAAGUAUAUCCCAGCAAGCUCCAGGACUGAGCCGAGCACCACCCACAGGGGGGCAGCAUCCUCCCUGGGUCUG